CCCAACUCUCAAAUCGAUCAUUAGCUUGCCGAGCAUUGCAGAGAGCAGUCAGCCCGUCGUGUCUCUACCCGAGGCCGGAUGGUAAAAUCCAACCUCCAGCGGAUCCUAAACAGUCAUUGCUUUGCUCGCGAGAAAGAAGGAAAACAGCAAUCUUUAUCUACCAUGGCGGAUUUGAGUAAUGCUAUCUGUGACAUGAUCGGGAACCUGUCCCUGCACUGUAGUAGUACCCGCGGCCCGGGGCCUCUGUGGUGCUCCGAUGCCCCUCUCCCACCCCUGAAGAUCCCAGGUGGGCGAGGGAAUGGCACACGGGAUCACACUCCUUCAGCGCGUCUACUCCACUCAGAUCGAAGGUUGACUGUAACGGAGGAGCCAGCAGGGAAUGGUCGCCCUGGGAUACUCCACUUCCUAAGUCGUCCCACCGUUACCAAGACAAUACAGUGGGAUGCUGUCCUAAGCAGCAGCGCACUCUAUGUGGAGAUCCCUCUUGACCCUCUUCCUGAAGGCAGCAAGGAGAGUUUUGCUGCUCUCCUGGAGUUUGCUGAAGAACAUCUGAAAGUCGUUAGCGUGGUUGUCUGCUUUUACAAGAACAGAGAUGAUCGUGCUAAACUGGUGCGUACAUUCAGUUUCCUGGGCUUUGAGAUUGUGAAACCGGGCCAUGCCCUCGUCCCGCCUCGACCCGAUGUAUUCUUUAUGGCCUACAGUUUUGAAAGGGACUCCUCGGACGAGGAGUAGCCCUCUGGACAGCCCCUCCACUCCCUGCUUACUUCACCUUUUCUUCCCAUUGUUUGUCGAUCCCAUCCCAGCUUACUCAUAUAAACCACCGUCUGUGGUAAACCCUGGCCGUAGCUCUCUGUAUUCAUUUCCCCCAUGCUUUUUGUGUUCAAGGGAAUAUGUAAGAUGUGCAUCUCCUGUUUCCACCAUAUAUCUUUGUGUGUUUUAUUAUACUGCUUUCAUUAAAGAUCGGUGUUGUCACAUAAAAAAACUUUUUUUUCUGGACUUACAAUCAUAUUGCAGUUGUCAUAAAUAUAAGUUAGUUCUGGUAUAAUUUCCAUUUCUUGUCAAGUCGGCUUUUAUUGAUAUUUCCUUUUUUAUGAUAGGUUAAGGUGGAGGAUUCUUCAUUUCUUGAAUGUACAAUAAAAAGGUCAUCAGGUUUACACUCGGGUACUCCAGCUUUUUUCGAUUGGCUAAAUAAUGACUUUAAAUUUGUCUUAUUUCCUUUCUCAUUGAAUUGAAUGACAAAUGCAUUUCAGUUGGACCAGUUUUAUUUUGUAGGACUAACAUCUUAGAAGUAAUUUUUGAAACAUUACUUUUGAGUGACAGCCCCAAUAAUUGGUACUUCAUAGCUGAAUAGUGAAUUCAAAGUAUGAAUGCUGUUGCAUGUGUCUGAUGUAGGUGCUUCAGUUUCAAGUUAAAGAUCCUACGAUGAGUGUAUUGGUACAACACUUAGGGAAAGUGAAUAAUCCAAAGUGCUUUUGCUUCUUUCUGCCAUGUAUAUCUGACAUUAUUGUGUUUUGUUUUGGAGGUUGGAAAAUAUGCUGUGAUUGGAUAUUUUUUUUCUUAGCAUUCCUUUUUUUCAUGGUUGUGAGUUGGUUGUUCACCUACAUAGUGGUACCUGUUGUGCUUCUGUGAUAAUAAAACAGACAAAA